UUUUUAUUAUUUGUUUCAUUCUUUGUGUCUGUCUCAGCAGAGGUUGGCCUUGCUGCAGGUAGAUCUGCAGAAUAAAACCCUUUCCCUCAUAAUGCCCUGGAUCUCACAAUUGAUCAACAGUCAUUUUGUGAUUCAAUUAAAAACAAUGAGGCUGCAUCAAAAUGUCUGAGAAAUGGAGAAUAUACCAGAAGAGUGUCUGAAAUGGAUAAAAAUCUGCCUUAAAUCUGAUCAAGAUGUUUAACUCAAACAAAAAUGGUACUUUCUUUUUCAUAUUUCCAAGAAAACAGCAGACAGGGUUUGAACCCAGGGGGGUUUCUCUUAAGCUCUACUAGCAACAAGCGGUUGCACCAUUACAGGAAGUAACAAAAGAGGUGUGGGAAAGGAAAUGCAAACAGGCUUUAUAAAGAUGAGAUGGUUCAUCAAGUGAUGGGUUAAAAUUUUGUCACAGAGCUAUUUGUGGCCUGACGCUUUGCACGCCAGAGACAGACAGAACAGUAUGGAGACGCUUCUGUUUCUAUUUCCUCAAUUCAACUACAUGGCCUCAAAGGAGGAAGCGUAUUUCAAAAUGUUUAGCCCAGAAGACCUGCAGGCACCCAACAUGAAGGACGAUACCAGCAGGUUGGUCCAUGUACCGCAGAAAAUUUUAACUGUUUCUUGGUUUUUCAGGGUUGUACAGUUCAGUUUUUUUUGCUUAAGUAAACAUUAGAUUAAGUUAUAUAUCAGAAAAGUACAAAUUUAACAAGUCAUCUUAUUCAACAGUUUAACUCAAGAGCAGCUCAGUUUUAGAGACAGAUGAAAGAUCCUACUCAUGGUCUUGUCUGAGUGUGACGGUAAAAAACUGUUGUCAUGUAACAGGGUAGAGCUUUUAAAUGUGCUUUCCUCCAUGAUAAGUGUCUGCUGCCUUUUUGAGCACAUGUGCACGAGGUGACUCGUCUUGUGAUUUGUGCUGUCACACAAAGAUGUUGUGACUGAGUUGAAGUUCUUUGAUAAGCUGCUAAUUGUUGCUACAUUUGUACAAACAGACAGUUUGUGGAUCUUGAUGUAUUUUCUUCUCCGUUUGCAGACAGAAAGACAAGGAGAGGAAGAGCCGACUAAGCCUUUUUCUCACCAAGUCAGGCUCUCACGAAAACGUCAGUCCACAUAAAAAGACUAACACGACACCGAACAAGUGAGGCAAAGUCCAUUAAUUUCAUAAGCAAGCAGACUGGUUUGAUUCAGUAUUCACCUCAAUUACAGCAAUUCAUAACUCAGUGCACACAUCUAGAAACACAACACUUGAUGAUGAUCCAAACCCUCUUCCCUGCAUCAUUAGGAGAGACCUGACCGCAUCUCUGAUUUUUUUUUUUCUGCAGUAUCUCACCAGAGACAGCUCUGCAAUGGAGCGACUCCUUUGAAGAACUGCUGAAGCACUCAGGUCAGUUUAAUGCCCCCAAAACUUUUCAGUAAUGGCUUGAAUUGCUGUCAAAUACUCUUUUUUUUUUUUGCUGGUGUCAAACGAUCUGCUUCAUUUAAAUAGUUAACUGGUAAAGAGUACCAGAGGGGAUCAACAGUUAAAGGAGAGAAGUUACGAGUUUCACUACAGUUUUUAGUGUUUGUUAGUACAGAUAGUGCUACAGAAACUGUGCAACUUCCUCAUAAUGACACAAAGUGCACAUAAGUGCCACAGUGAAACACUGAAAACCACUGUGUGCUCAUUUGGGAAUGCUUAAAAUGGUUUAUAAUGAUGGUAGUAAGAAUGCUCAAGUAUAUUUCGGGGAUUAGAAGUGUGGUGUAAUUAAAAUGAUAAUACAUUAGGGACAGUGUGCUGACUUAGAGGAGGAAGUUAUGGAGAGUCUGUUCUUUCUUUGUACUUACAAGUGAGCUGCAGAAAAUACAGUUUUCCAUCUUUGAAGUGCCACUUUUUAAAUAUUUUCUGUCUGUUUCUCUUUGUCAGAUGGGGUCGAUUCCUUUGCUCAGUUCCUCAGAACGGAGUUCAGCGAGGAAAACAUUGAGUUUUGGUUGGCAUGUGAAGAAUACAAGACCAUAGACUCUGAGACGAAGCUGCUGUCCAAAGCGAAAUAUAUUUAUACUGUUUUCAUUGAUUCGGACGCCCCUAAAGAGGUAUGGCAUGGCAUGUUUAUUUAUCAUAAACUGCAUGAAUGUAAAAAGGCUAUAAAGAGAAGCUGCAAGGUUUAAGCAAUGUGUGCAUUUUAGCAUUUUCUUCCCCUUACUUGUCACUGAGGUCUGCUGGAGGUUUCAAAUAUUUAUGUCGUUGUAAGAAAACUGAGAGUGGGUGAACUGUAAAGCUCUGCAUAGUCAUGAGCCUGCAGCAGGUUGACCUUAGUGAACAAUCUUUGGGAGCAGCAGCUCUGUGAGGUCAUGCAUUUAGGGCUGCAUGCAUCGCUGCAAAGCAGGUCGGGUUAUGUCUGUGGGAGACUGAAGCGGUUUGAAACAUUUCCAUCCACUUUGUGAGGAUGAUGCGACCACCUUGCUCUGUGCUUCCUGCCUGCAGCAUAUCUGACCGUUUCAAGUGUGGCGUCUGGUCUGAGGUUUUGACAUUCCCCUGCAGAACUGCAAAGAGCAUCACCCACACACUUUUCAUCACUGAUAAAUGUAUGAGCUAAAGAUUUUUUUUUCGAGCAUGGUGUAGCAUGAAAGCAUGUAAAAGCUGAAGUGUUUUGCAGUGAGAUUCAAGUGAAACUGAAUGUAAUCUUUCAUUUGAAUGGUGCUCUACAAUGUAGUUCCAUACAAAAAACUGUUUUAAAAGCUCUUUACAAUUGUAGUUAUUUCUGUCAUUGUGAGGAGGCCUUGCAGCAGUGUUUAAAAGAAAAAAAGGAUGGAAGGACAAUUUCUACCUCUGUUCUUAUCAAGAUUUUAAACAAACUCAUUCACAGCAAUGUACAUCCAUGCCUGUGAUGAUUUUUAGCACGAUGAUGUUUUACAGCGGCAGUAUGAGCUUCAAACUUACAUUAGCUCUUCUUUUUAGGUCUCAGCUUCUUGAAAAAGAGCUGAGCCAUAAAUAACACAGAGUUUAGCUUUAGUUCACCACAAGAAUAUAUCACAGCAUGUCAAGUUGCUGCGCGUGUCCUUGAGGAAAAAGUUCCCCUUUAGCCAUUUGUGGGGGAAAAUUCUCAACAUAAAAAGCAGCAUACGAGAGUUUUUCACCCUUUCUUAAAGUCACUUUCUUACAUUAUCUUAUUGGGGCUUUGUUUUGUUUUGUAUGUCCUUAAUCUCUGUUUACAGAUGUCUGACAAGACUUUGAUUUAAAAUAUUUGUUGUUUGCCUUUGUUGCCCAAGUAGUGCUGGGUGGGUCUUGUUAGCAUGCUAGAAAACAGUCAGAAAGGAGAGCAAGUGGGACUUUCUUUUGUCCUCCUCUAUCAUCUAAAGACCAUAAAGCCUUUUAAGUUCUUACUAGAGUGUGAAGUAGCUGCCUAUACUACAAUUAACUGGCGGAUUUUAUGAUGUAUCUCUAGACUCAAGCUCCAGGCUUUGACAGUAAAUUAUGGCCAGCAUGGGGCACCACUUAAGUUUAGUGGUUUAACCCUGCACCUCAGGUAUAAAAAGCUGCAGUCCUUUAAGUGGGCCUCCCAGGUUUGACCCCUACCCGGAGCCCUUUGCUGCACAUCAUUCCCCACUCUCUCUUCCCAGUUUCCCAUCCACUGCCCUAUCUAUUUUCACUAAAGGCAUAAAAGCUCCAAAAUAUGACUCUAAAAAUGGUCAGCAAAUGGAGAAAGAAGCCUGACCUGUACAUCUGUUAUACUGAUACUCAAAAUCGUGCUGUGAUCUCAGAGGGUUAAUCAUUGUCAGAACGUAGGGAAUGUUAUUAUUAUUAUUAUUAUUAUUAUUAUUAUUAUUAUUUCUCAAAAUCUAGAAUCCAAAUACAACUUUAAAUAAAAGCUGCAACCGGUGAUAAACAGCCCCUCGCACCCUUGUGCAUGUUGGGUCCUGUUGCAGUUGUGGGAAGUGCAGCAGGAUAUGCAUGUGCUGCAGCCAUUGCUGUGCAGCACAAUCCCCAUGUGCUAAAUGUAUGUAGAUGAGUUUAGGUCAAUACUGUGUGCUUACAUAUCCAAUUUAAAAGUCAAACUGGGAAUUGUGGCACUGCCUUUAACCAAAAAGUGGGGGAUGUAACCUAAAGAGGGGGUAUUAUGCAUUUUUUAGACUCUAUUCCUUCUUUCUGAUACCUCUUUGGUAGCUUUACAUUAUUUUCAGAUCAAGUAAAGACUUGUGUGUCUCACACUGGUGUAUAGAAAUACCAGUAUUUUCAUCAUCCAUCUGACACUUGUCUUCUGCUGCAGCCUCUUUAAUAUGGCAACAUCAACUUAAAUAAAAAUGUCUGACUUCCUGUUGGGUUUAGAAUAUGAGAGCAGGGGUAUUUUUUGUAGGUCUGGGCAUGAUACAACUGUUUAGUAAAAAAUAAUUUUUUUACCUGAUGUGUACUCAAAAAAGUGAGUUUUGAGGGCAUGUUAAGGCCUCUAAAUGAGACCAUGUUAACAUGCCCACUUUGACAUAUUUGUUGAUGUGCUGUUACAUUAACUGAAUUAACUGUGUUUUUUCAUUCUCUUUCUCUCAGGUUAACAUUGACUACAACACAAAGAUGGCCAUUCAGAAGGACAUUGCACAGCCCACAAAGAGCUGUUUCGAGGCAGCCCAGAUGAAGGUGUACAGUCUGAUGAAAAAGGACUCCUACCCAAGGUUCCUCCACUCUGACAUUUAUCUGCGACUCACCAGAAGGAAAGGCCCUGGGGCCACCAUGUUUCGCCGAAGGUCACGUUCCUGUGUAUUCAAUGAGAGAGGCGAGGCCAAUAGUGACCCUGCAGCCUGGUAGUUAUAUCAAUGCAGGUGGAGCAGUCUGAAAUAUAUAAACCAAUUCAUGAUUUGUUGCAAUGAAUAAUGUGUUGUAGGGGCUUGUUAUCUACAAACAUGUCCAGAGAGUGUGUUAUUAUUUUAUAACCACAUGGGUCAGAUGGAUUAUCUUAAAUACCUAGUAACAAACAAAUUGGCUGCCAUACUUACUGUCUCCUUCUUGCUUCAAGUUAAUGGAGACUCAAGUGUGUCCAUUCAAACGCAGCGACAAACAUGUAGCUUACCUCAGUUUAAGACUUGAACAGGGCACUGAAACAGCCGACUUGUCUUGGUCGAUUAGUAACAAAUAAAUCUUACUGAAACCCCCGAAGGCCACUGCAGCAACACAAAGGGACUUGGGAACAGACAUUUCUUGGCUAGAUGCAGUAACCUUCCAGAGUAUUGGUAAGUUAAAAUGGACUGCCAUGCUUAUUUGUGUCUUGGUGGAAAAUAUAUAAAGUUCUCAAGUUGAUUAGAGUUGUACAACAAAUGACACAUACAUCUUUUGGCAUACUUUUUUGAAUAACAUAUUGGGACGUGUGUUUUUGUUUUUUUACAUUUUUUAGGGAGAGUUUAAUAAUCUAAAAUCCAUGCAAUAACUAUUUAAGUACAGAUCUUUAACUUAACUUAACUAACUAACUUAACAGUACCCGUGAUCCUAAGCUGAGUUAGGUUUACAUGCAAAGUAAAGUAGAGAAAGUUGUAGCUUCCUUGGGCAGUUUAACAGUGCUCUUUGUCAUUGUAUACAAGCUCUGGGGUAAAACUGAUUUAUUGAUAGAAGUGUGUCCGCCUCUGCUUUGUUGGUUGACUUUUAGCCCUUUAAUCAUAUGACUGAAGUUAAAGAGACUUAGUAGAACAUCAGAGCCAUGUGGUUAUAGGAAAUAAUGAACACCUCUUGGCCAAUCUGAAUCAAGUCUUCCCUGUUGUCAUGGUAUUAAGUUUUUUGAAGCACUUGUGGCACAGUCUGCUCAUUUUCUUCCUCAAAGGCGCUGUGCUGCCACUGGAUUGAAGUCUUACAUUCUCAAAUCUUGGAAACUUGAAUGACAGUGGGCUGGGAUGGAGACAGAGUUUCAGCUGAAGUGCCUUCUUGUUGCUGACAGCGAACAGCCACAGUGAAACUGCUCUCCUUACUUCAGGAACAUUACUCUUUGAUAACUUUGUUUCUAGUCCAGCCCCAGCACCUUGUUUUGUACAGUAUACCAACAUAUUUGAGCUUAUCUCACUAAAAUUCAUCCUUGCACCACCCCGCCUAACUUGCAGAAAUACAAGCAAUAUAAUGACAAUGUUUGUUUGUGUGAUUCUAAUUCAUCCCGCUUAUACACAGAGAAUGCAUCUUUUUGAAUACUAAUAAUAAUUAAUUAUGAUUUCUACUUUUUAUUUUCUUCCAUGCAGUAUAAUUUAUGUCUAACUAUGAUCAUAUUUUGCCUUCCUGUUGUAAAAUGUACAUAGUUUUAAAUGUGGAAAUAAACACUUUCUUAUUGAAGCAGUUUUAAUUAA